CAUCUGAAGGGUGAAAAACUGUUAAACUAGGGUUUGGGUUUUCCUUUCGCCGGUAUUCUUGGAUCUCAUCUCCGAGCUCACUCCAUGGCGAAAAACAGAAACAAGAAGAAGCGGAACGGCGCCAAGGCUAUGGACAUCUCCGAAAACGCUGCUUCAGAACUUCCUCAAGCAAUGGAUAUGUCAGAGUCUGGAGCUCCGAAGCCAGCUUCUGGUGCUGUCAACAGAAAAAUGAAAGGAAGACCAAUGAAGAGAUCCAAAAAUGUCCGGAAGAUGAAAUCAGUGGCAAAAGCUAUUGCGCAAAAUGAGAAGGUCGUGGAGAAAGUCCUGAAAAAUGAAAGCAAAUCAGUGAGAACUCAAUCAGCCAAAUUAUUGUAUGAGUGAAUAUGAAAAUGGAUUUUGGUUAUAAGAGCUUUUACAAAAUUCCCCCUUUAUAUCGAGUGUAGCUCUUGUUAAUUUUCUUCACCUUACCAAGGCCCUAUAUAUAUAUAUGUUUAUUUUUGGGUAAAUUUGCGAAAGUUCAACUAGA